AUGAGCAACCACACUUCCCAAGUCCUCUCGGUCGAGAACCGGGAUUCUUUCCUUGCGGAAGAUGAUGCCUGCAAGGAGAAACCACAGUUUGUCUUGACUGCCAAGGGAGAACUUGUCCGUCACACUGAUGCAAAGGCCACAAAAACAAGUCUGGUCCUGGAAAUCCCACGGCUUCCACAUUUUGACACCAGUGCUCUUUCUUUUGCUCUGGGAGAGUGUCAUAUUCAAAUAUCAUAUUGCAAGAAAUUUCUGGCAUUGUAUUUUCUGGAGGCAGAAUUGGUGUGGAUGCUGGAUUUCAACAAGCAAAUUCUCUACAAAUUCGACUGGAAAGCUAACAACCUUGUGAAAGUGGAAAGAUGCUCCAUUUCUUUCCAGGAGAAUGCAACAACAGAAUGGGAACUGGUGCCAUCCGUGAAUGCAGCGGCUGAAAAGAAAGCAACAACACAAGCCCUGUUUUGUUCCACACAAGGACAUCACAAACGAGCAAUGGAUCUGCAUGCCCUAGAAGAAGCUAUCCGCAUUUACAAGAAGAAUCAUGGAACUUCUCAUCCGGAAGUCGCAAGAGCACUACUGGAUCUUGGAAAUCUCCAUGAUGAUGCAGGGAGUUACAAUGAUGCCAUGGAAAGUUUCUUUGAGGCUUUGGAUAUCUACCAGAAUCUUUUUGGAAAUGACAGCCUCCAAGUGGCAGAAGUUUUCUACUGCAUGGGCCACACUCUUCAGAACUGGGACUCUAUGGACCACGCGCUGGAUUGCUUCGAAGAGUCCCUGGACAUUCACAAGCCACAGCUUGGACUAGAUGCUAUGGAGAAUAUUGGAAACGUUCACUUGGAGAAGAAAGAGUAUGGGCUUGCCAUCGAGUGCUUUGAAGAGUGCCUAGGAUGCCUUCGCAUUGAGCUUGGCAAUAUCCAUGGGAAGGUUGCGGAUGCCCUCAUCGCCAUGGGGGAUGCCCAAACUGCCGUGGAACUUGGAGAUGAGGCAUUGAGAUCAUACCGAGAAGCUCUUGCGAUCAGGCUCUACUUAUUUGGAGAAAAUGACAGUAGUGUUGGCGCAGCUUUGGAACGGAUGGGCCCAGUUGAAUUCCGUAAUGGAGAGUAUGAGAAGGCUUUGAGCAUGCUGGUGGAGGCUAUCCGAAUUCGACAAAACAAUGAUGCUGAGGAAGAUGUAGGCUACAGUAAUGUUCUGUUCAUGAUCGGAAACAUACACAAAAUGCAAGGCAACGAUGAAGAAGCAAUGGAUUGGUGGACAGAUGCGUAUGAUGCCUUCCGGGAGUUGGGGCUGGAAGAGGGCAAUCCUCAAGUUGUUCAGGUCAUGGAAGACCUUCUCCAACAGGAGAAUAGAGAGGAGAGGCGUCACAAUGAACGGUUUUCCUGUUUGAAAGCAUUUCAGAAAAUGCUCAAAAACCUGGCAAAGAAAUUUUGGAGGAAGAGGAAAGUUUCGCCAGUGGCAGAGGGCUGA